CUGCAAUCUUUUUUUUUUUCCUGCUAAACCAGAAUUAGCCGGUAUGGGGAUGGAGGAGCACGGAGACUGGCAAUUGCACGGAUUACAAGGAAGCUCAGGAAGUCUUGGAAAAUGUACACAAGUCAUGAAGACAUUGGGUAUGAUUUCGAAGACGGCCCCAAAGACAAGAAGACAGUUAAGCCACACCCAAACGUUGAUGGCGGUUGGGCUUGGAUGGUGGUCCUGUCAUCUUUCUUCGUGCACAUCCUCAUCAUGGGCUCCCAGAUGGCCCUGGGCGUCCUCAAUGUGGAGUGGCUGGAGGAGUUCCAUCAGAGCCGAGGCCUGACAGCCUGGGUCAGCUCCCUGAGCAUGGGCAUCACCUUGAUUGUGGGACCAUUCAUCGGCUUGUUCAUUAACACCUGCGGCUGCCGGCGCACUGCGAUCAUCGGCGGGCUGGUGAACGCGCUGGGCUGGGUGCUGAGCGCCUACGCCGCCAGCCUGCACUACCUCUUCGUCACCUUCGGAGUGGCCGCCGGCUUGGGCAGUGGGAUGGUCUACCUCCCUGCCGUGGUCAUGGUGGGCAGGUACUUCCAGAAGCACCGCGCCCUGGCCCAGGGUCUCAGCACUACCGGGACCGGCUUUGGCACCUUCUUCAUGACGGUGCUGCUCAAGUACCUGUGUGCUGAGUAUGGCUGGCGCAAUGCCAUGAUCAUCCAGGGCGCCGUGUCCUUGAACCUGUGUGUCUGCGGGGCGCUCAUGAGGCCCCUCUCCACCAGCACCCCCCGGGGCCACUCGGGCAGGCCAGGUGCGGGGCUCCCGGAGGCCCACUCCCCCGACUCGGCCAAGCCCAGCGCACACCUGCACAGAGCAGAGGACAGGGAGGGUGACGCACCCCGGACCGAGGAUGCCCAGGGGGAUUCCCCAACACAGGGGCACCCCGAGGAGGCGGGGCCAGGGAGAGACCCGCCGGCCCUGCGGCUCCUGAAGACUGUGAGCCAUCUGGGCGUGAAGGUGAGGAAGGGCUUCCACGAUGGGGCCUCGGGCUACUUCGGGCCAGCCUCGCUCUUCAGCAACCGCAGGUUCGUGGCCUUCGUCUUCUGGGCGCUGUUUGCCUACAGCAGCUUCGUCAUCCCUUUCAUCCACCUGCCCGAGAUCGUGCACCUGUACGGCCUUACCGAGCAGAACGACGUGUUCCCACUCACCUCCAUCAUCGCCAUCGUCCACAUCCUGGGCAAGGUGAGCCUGGGCUUCGUGGCUGACCUGCCCUGCGUCCGGGUCUGGAACGUCUUCCUCAUGGCCAACUUCAGCCUGGUCCUCAGCAUCUUCAUCCUGCCGCUCGUGCGCACCUACACGGGCCUGGCCGUGCUCUGUGCACUCAUCGGCUUCUCCAGCGGCUACUUCUCCCUCAUGCCCGUGGUCACCGAGGACCUGGUGGGCAUCGAGAACCUUGCCAAUGCCUAUGGCAUUAUCAUCUGCGCCAACGGCAUCUCCGCCCUGCUAGGGCCACCUUUCGCAGGGUGGAUCUACGACAUCACGCAAAAGUAUGAUUUUUCCUUCUAUAUAUGUGGCUUGCUUUACAUGGUAGGAAUACUCUUUUUACUCAUUCAGCCAUGUCUUCAAAUUAUAGAACAGUCCAGGAAAAAAUACACAGAUGGAGCCCAUGUUUAGCGUUGUGUUGUGUCUCAUGUCAGAUUCCUUUGGACUCGUGCCUACCUCCCAUGGUUGCUGUGGAGAGCUUGUGACACAUAGUGGGGAAGUGUUUUGUGUGGUAGCCAGUACUGUCUUUUGUAAAUGUCACUGUCAUUGUUCCCUUUGAAGUUAGUACUGUGGCUGAGGGAAGUAGCACAAUGGUUAUGCAAAGAGUCUAUCAUGCCUGAGAUACCAAAGGUUCCAGGUUCAAUCCCCAGCACCACCAGAAGCCAGAGCUGAGCAGUGCUCUGGUAAAAUUAACUAAUUAACUAGUUAAAAUAAACAAAAAAAAAAUUAAAAGAAAUUAUUACUGCUUUUCCAUUUGAGGAGUAGCAAUGCUGGCAGAUAUUAAGGACUGUAUCUGGGGUAUUUUAGAGGUGAUAGUGUCCUUCAAAACAGGCUGUUAAAUAACUGAUUAAAAUAUCCUUAUAAAAACUAGUCUCUCUGAUGGCUGGUCCAUGUGGUGGCUUGCAGUGGGGAGAAUGAAGAUCCAGAACCCUGGUGGUGGGAAUGGAGUGGACUUAUGCCCCUGCUGACAUGUAAUUUUGUAAAUCAAUAUUAAAUCACUAAUAAAAUUUUUUAAAAAUAAACACUAGUCUCUCUCAGAAAAAAUAAAAAUAACUAGACUCUCUCAUCAGCCACUGGAACUAGGAUUAUAGAUGGCAGUUUUUGGAACAAAGACAAAGAAUAAGAGCUUUUUAACCCAAUACCUUUUUUCUAAGGUGGAAGUAAUGGUAUCUACAUGCUUCUGGAAAUCUUGAAGAUUAAUGGAUUUUAAGUGCAUGAAUAGUACUGUCUCUGAAGUUAUUAUAAGGGACCAGGAAUCCACUACUGGUAUUAACAAAGGCAGAAGUCAGACUCUAAUUUCAGAGGGAAGAUAUUCAAUACAAUCAACAAAACAUAGUCUAUAUUUUUAUGAAAGAAUUCUGCAACUAGAGACAAUAGUUUCUAAAUCUUCUCACAGUAGCAUUUGCCAUCAAUUCUAACUCAUUAUGAUCCAGAGAGAAACCAAGUCUUGAGACAAAACCAUCAUAAGUAACAAUAAUGAUUUUCUCAGUGAAAAUCCUGUGUGUGUGCAUGACCAUUGAAUCAAGGGCUAUGAUUCAGGCACUUUUAUUCAUAUCACUGGCCUUUAAACUUGUGAGCAUGAUCUCAGGCCAGUAAUAAUUGUUCUCCAUUUCUCCUGCCCAAUAAAUAGAGAAGUCAUUGCUGGUUGAUAUAUAAAGUUGGUACUUAAGCCAUUUUAAAGCAUAUUCCUUAUCCAAAAUAAAUAAAUAAGGCCCCUGGCAUUGCAACUGGUAACAUAGUCCCUCUCCAUGCUUCCAGUUACACAGUCAGUAGGCCUGAGCUCAGCACAGUUCUUCAAUUGGUUCCAUCCCAAAGAUAACUGUGAUUCAUGACAUUAAAUAAGAAUGUUCUUUCUUGAUCUGAAAUCUCUAUUUUUCUAAGCCAAACAUUUUCCAGGCUGCAGAAUGUUCUUCCCAGAAUCGUUUUUGCAAUCUCUGGCUGCCUUACUUGCUUACAUGUUUCGUAGAACUGCUUAAAUAUCAGCUCACAAUUUGCUUGUCUCUGAAAGCAUUACCAGUGUCUUGGGUCAAAUUUACCCACAGUGAGUCCAGACAAUUGUCACUCAACCUUGGCAGUGAAAGGUAGAAAGUGUCCUAGUCACUGGAAUCACAGAACAUCACCCCUAGUCUAAUUGUAGCCAGCAUGUUCAGUCUUUCACCCCAGCGAGCAUUCCAAGCUAUUAACAAAUGAUAACCUGGCCAUAUGUCCUGUAAGUUCCUUCUCCACCAUUUCCUGCUCUGGUAUCUAGUGGGAGGAUUUGUGUAAUGAAAGGAAACAUCAAAACAACUGUAACAAUCAAAGAAUUAUAAAAGACAGCUAAGGGCAAGGAGAAACAGAAGCAUGACAAUUAUGAACACUCACUAUUACCUCCAAUCAUCCAAGAAUUGCCUGUCAAUCAUUACAGACAAUAAAUUGCAUGUCAUACAUCUAGUUGACCACAGGAUGACCUGUUUGUGGCCCUCACCAUUCUGGAGCCCCAUGAAAGAACCCAGUUCUCUGUUUGGAUGAAGGCAAUCUUAGUGCUGAGGUGAUGCUAUAUCUUUCUACAUAUGUACUUAACAGAAAAUGAGAGUGAUCAGAUUGAAAAAAAAAAUAGUGUGUGUUUUUAAAGUGACCACACUGUUUCAUGACUUCAUCUUUCUGGCAUCAUGUCAACAGAAGGCGGUGUACAACCCUUUGGAUGGUGCUCUGGUAUAUGUAUUACGAUGCCCAUGCUGCUGCUGGUUGUGCAUUGUGUGAACUUUUUAUCCAGCAGCCAGGCACUGAUAAGACUUGCUUUCAUCUAGUCUGUAUUGUUGUUUGUUGGUUCACAGUUUCUAUGGAAGUGAUGACUUCUACCAAACAAGACAUCCCCAUUUUACAAAAAUAGAGCAGGAUCUACUUGCAAUAUUCACGUUGAAAGCAGAAUAAAAGGAAAUGCUAUUAAAAAUUGCAAUCAAUACAUUCACUCUCUUGAGAGUAGGUAGUUAUUAGCAGUUCUUUGAAGAUAUUAUAAAGGGUUAAGUGUCUAUUUAUAUCGUGUAUUUUAUUGUUGUUUUUUCAUUUAUGUACCCAAAUAAUCUUUAUUUACAUACAACCAAAUAAAGUUUGUUCUCUUUAAAGAUGA